UCUGGUUCAACAGGGUAACCGAUUCCUGGUUGGAAAAACGUGUUUCGUCUUCGUCGGUGUGUUCAUCGACCGCAUUUUCUAGAUCAUCUACUCUUCACAUUCACAGAAUCGGGGGCAAAUUUUGAAGCAUGGCAGAUACAUCCACAAGCCUGAAGAGAAAGUCCAAUCCUUUUGAAAAGGAAAUUAAAAUCACCGAAAAGGAAGAGGAGGACCUGUUUGUUGAUGCCCCUCUGGAUGACGAUGAUGAUGACGAUGACGACGUCGACCUGGAAGGUGACAGUGAAGAUGAGGAACUGGAGGAGGAGAUGACUGACAGCGAGGAGAGCGCCCUCUCUGAUGAGGAAAGUGACGAUGACGAUGACCAUGAUGACAGUGGGGGUGACGAUGAUGACAACGACGUCGAAGAGAAGGAACACUUUGAUGGAGAUGAUGAACAAGAUGACGAAGCUGAGAACACCAAGCCUAAGAGUAAAGGGAAGUUAACCAGAUUGACCCAGCAACUCCGACAAAGAAGGUCCCAUCUUCAAACGUCCACUAAGCUGGACAAUGAAACAGCGCCCUCACAGUUGACCUCAACAGAUGAUAAUGCGGUUAAAACUGGAGCCGAAACUCCCACCGCGAGCAAAGUGGUCGACGAGUACGAAUUUGAUUCUUCGGAUGAGGAGGACAUCAGAAACACAGUGGGCAACAUCCCCAUGGAGUGGUACGACGACUAUCCUCACAUCGGCUACGACGUCAAGGGACAAAAGAUCCUACGACCUCCCAAGAGAGACGAACUGGAAGAAUUCCUGGAAAAGAUGGACAACCCUGACUAUUGGCGCACAGUACAUGACAAGAUGACCGGUCGCGACAUUGUUCUGCCGGACGAGGACGUCGCCCUCAUUCAGCGCAUUCAAGAUGGCCGCUACCCGGAGACGACCUUUGACCCUUACGAGCCCUGGGUUGAUUUCUUCACGCAUGAGAAGAUGAUCCAUCCGGUGACCAGACGUCCGGAGCAUAAACGCAGCUUCAUUCCCUCUCUGCUGGAGAAAGACAAGGUCAGCAAGAUGCUACACUCUAUUCGUAUGGGAUGGCUGAAGCCGCGCAAGGAGAAAAAAGAUGCCGACGACCGGCCGAAGUUCUAUGACAUCUGGAGCAACGAGGCGUUGGUUGAGCUGACGAAGCGCCACCACUCGCAUAUCGCCGCGCCCAAGGAGAAACUGCCAGGACACGAGGAGUCAUACCGCCCUCCACCGGAAUACCUGCCCACGGAAGAAGAGAUCAAGGAAUGGAAAGAGGCCCAUCCGGAGGAUCGUAAGAUGGAUUUCAUCCCGCUGACCUUCGACUGCUUCCGCAAGGUACCAGCCUACCGGGAUUACGUACGGGAGAGGUUUGAGCGAUGCUUGGACCUAUACCUGUGCCCAAGACAAAGAAAGAUGAGGGUGCAAGUUCAGCCUGAAGACCUCCUGCCCACGUUACCCAAGCCCAAAGAUCUCCAGCCUUUCCCUACCACCCAGGCCGUGGUCUACCUGGGCCAUCAGAGCUACGUCCGGACCAUCAGCGUGGACCCGACCGGCCAAUGGCUGGUUUCAGGAUCUGACGACAAGACGGUCCGGUUUUGGGAGGUGUCGUCCGGUAGGUGCAUGAAGAAACUGGACGUGGACGGGACGGUCAAAUGCGUGGCUUGGUGCCCCAACACCGCGGUAUGUCUGGUAGCUAUCUCGGUCGAGGAGAAAGUCCAUCUGAUCAAUCCCGGGCUCGGGGACAAGCUCAUCGUGUCGGACACUGACCGCUUGUUGGAGUCGUACGAGGAACCUGAAGAAGUGAAGAAGUCAUCACUGGUGGAAUGGACGGAGGCGUCUGAGGAGGCGAAGGAGAAGGGUUUCCGAUUGUGUCUGAAACACUUCAAACCAACAAAGCAGAUUGCCUGGCACGGCAAGGGAGAUUAUUUCGGCACUGUAGUUCCUGACGGUGGGCAUUCCUCGGUCCUGAUUCACCAACUGUCCAAGAGAAGAUCGCAGACGCCGUUUAAGAAGAGCAAGGGUCUGGUCCAGGCCAUCUCAUUCCAUCCUUCCAGACCCUACUUCUUUGUUGCGACUCAGCGAUUUGUACGUGUUUACAAUCUCCUCAAGCAAGAGCUCUCCAAGAAGUUACUGACAAACGCCAAGUGGAUAUCAAGCAUUGCCAUCCAUCCUGGAGGUGACAACGUGUUAGUCAGCAGCUACGAUUGCAGGCUGAGCUGGUUCGACAUGGAUCUCUCCGUCAAACCUUACAAGACGUUACGUCAUCACCGGCAAGCAAUACGCCAAGUGUGUUAUCACCGACGGUAUCCGCUAUUUGCCUCGUCCGGUGACGAUGGGCUGGUCAUUGUUUGUCAUGGUCAGGUUUACAACGACCUUCUCCAGAAUGCCCAGAUUGUUCCCGUCAAGAUCCUCAGAGGUCACGAGGUCACCAACAGUCUCGGCGUUCUGGCGUGUGAGUUCCACCCGUCGCAACCGUGGCUGUUCUCCAGCGGCGCCGACGGCACGAUACGACUCUUCACAUGAGCUUUGAGAAAACAACUAGGAUCCAAUUUCAUUGAGUUUGCUUGGAACAUAAUUUGCUAAGUGCAGAAAAUAUCUGCUUAGCAUAUACAGGUUACCAGCCAAAUUGUCAUGCGACUGGUUGGUAUUGGACUGGUUCACGGCUGAUUUUUUGCUAAGCACUUAAUUUUGCUUAGCAGCAUUUUUUUUCUUCAGCUCCCUGAAAUUGGCUCCAAAGCUUUCUAUAGGCUCUGUGCGUGGACAAAAGAGGGCGCUGUUUAAACAUUUCCCUGGUUCACGGCUGAUUGUUAAGAUUGUUUACAUGCUGGAAACACGGCAUACCAGGGAAGGAGGGGUUUAAGUAAUGAGAGCAAAGUGAGGCUGGUUCCUAGUCCCUCAGUGCUAUUUUUGGCAUUGAAAGGACCAGGGCUGGGAACCAGUCAAUUAGAGAGAGAACUUACCUUACUGGAAGGCAUUACUGUUUAAAUUUUAUUUCUUGUGGACUCUUAAAAAAAAAAUUCUAACAAAAAAUACGAAAUUGUAUUUUUUUUUCAUCAAUUUUAGAAUUAUUUAAUAUCUACUUUCUACA